AUGAUUGAGACGGUGCUUGCGCAGGUCCUCGUGACUUGCUUCUUCCUUAUCAGCGUGGGAUUCCUGGUCGUUUCUACCUUCCUUGCAACCAAGUGCAACCCCAUCGACCCGUUCGUGCUUCGGGAUGAAUCCGAGUUCAAAGACGAGGAGCUUGAAGAGCUACCUUUUUGUGGUCUGUGUGCUACGACAGUGCAGGCACGGAGCAAACAUUGUCGGGCCUGCAACAAGUGUGUGGCAUCUUUCGAUCACCACUGCAUGUGGCUGAACAACUGUAUUGGUGGAGACAACUACUACGCCUUUUUCGUUUCAAUCAGCUCCGUUGGCGUCAUGAUAGGUGUUGUGCUGGGCACCAUAUUGUAUCAGUUCAUUGACUAUUUCACCAACGAGGCAUUCGAGUCUCGCUUGGAGGCAUCCCCGGUGCACUCGGGACUUUCCAUGGAGGCUUUUCUGGUGACUCUGAUUGCAAUGUCUUUCGUGAACGUGCCGUUGUGGUGUUUGGACAUGCAGUUGGUUCUCCUGCACGUCUACUUAAUGCACCAAAACUUGACUACGUAUGAGUACAUCAUGAACAGACGGCAGCAGGACGAAGGAACCUCCAAGUUUCGUGGUCUCCCUCGAUGCAUGGACUGGAUCGUCUUCUCCCGAUGUGGUCAGAGACGGCCAAAAAAGAAGGACAAGAUAGAGAAAAUUGAUGAGACAAAGCCUGCGCCGCCAGAUGUGGAGGCUGGAGCUCAGCCACCUGAGCUAGAGACUGACAGGACGCUGCCCGCAGCACCGGCGGAAGCACCACCUGGAUCUACCGGGUCCACUGAAGGUGAUGGUGUUGCUGCAAAGCACGAGGCUGUCACAGAAGCCGAGGAAGCCUCGCUUGCAGGCGGGCCGACGGACGCUGAGACGGCUCCGGAGCUGGUCACGGUGCCCGUCCAGGCUGAUGACAAACCUGCCAGAGGUCUUGGUGUGAACAGCGAGGUGGCCCUCGUCGAGCAAUGUGAAGUUGCGUCUGGCCCAACAGUGGGCGUUCCCCAGGUUGGUUGUGGAUGCGAUGGAUCGUCUGUGGCUCAAGUCUUGUCCGAGCAUUCGCUGCAUGCGGCCACAAGGUUCACAAGAACAGCAAUCUACAGAGGGAUCGUGCAGAGCGUUUUACAAUUGAGAUGCUGCAGACGAGAGGUUUGA